UUUCUGUUCCUCUCUCUCUAUGCAUGUCUUCUAACAUGGAAUGUACAUGUUUUUUCUUAUUUUCAUGAACAUGUACUACUUCUUACUGUUAUAAGAUUUCUGGGUAGAUUAUAUAUAUACCUUUACUAUUUCAAUUUUGUGUUUUGAUCUCUGUUCUUCUGUCAAACUAUGACAAUGAGAGACUUUUCAUUUUAUCAAAAAGCUUUAAUCGUACAAGGAAAUAACAGGGAGAUGUGGCAGAUGGAUUAUUAUCGGGGCAAUCCAGUGUUCUUCGUUAUCAUCAACAACACCAAAUUACAGAAAGUUCCAGAGGGGUUUCUGAAGCAUUUGAAUGAAGACUUUCAAAAUGCAGUUUUUAUUGGUCCUUCUGGUGAUAAUUGGCAAGUAACUAUUCUGAAGAAAGGAAAUAACAUUUAUAUGCACAAUGGUUGGCCACAGUUUCUCACAGACAACUCAGUGAUGCUUGAUGAUUUCUUGCUUUUUACAUAUCAUGGAGGGAACUGCUUCCAUGUUCAGAUUUUUGGUAAGAAUGGAUUGGAGAGACUAGGUUUCAAACAGAGAAGACAAGACCAGGUUCUGAUCCCAAGUUUGGUGAGGACAAAGAAGAACACACACAGAAGAACUUUUUCCAGUUCAUUCCUCCACCAAGCCAAGUCUUAUAGAAAAGGUCUGUCUUUCGGCAACAGCAGAAGAUUCUCAUUUUCUAAGAACUUUCCAAAGCUCAAGAGUUCAGUUAAAAUUGAGAGUUCAGAAGCAUGCUACUUAGCAGAUUCUUUUACCUCUCGCAAUCCUCACUGGAAACACCUCAUGACUAAAUGCAAUGUAGAAGAUCACUGCACAUUGCCAAUUGCUACUGAGUUUGCCAGGAAGCAUAUUCCUGAGACAGUGAAACAGAUAAUUCUUUGGAACACAGAAGGAAAAUUUUGGGAGGUGGUAGUGACUUGGUUUGGAUGUCAAAAUAAGAGGUAUACUCGAUUUACAACAGGAUGGGGAAGAUUCGUUCGUGAUAACAGACUUAUGAGGGGUGACACUUGCAUAUUUGAACUUGAAGAUCAAAACCAUUUGAGUGUUCACAUAUUCAGAACAGGAUUUUAUUCCCCAAAAUUGUUUUAAGAAUGAGUUUGAAUUACUAGGUUUGAUUUAUGUUAUGUUAUAGAUACACAAGUUUGCUGAGAUGAGACUGAUAUAGUGUCAUAAACAAUGUUAAAUCUUAGACAUUAUUAUUCAUCUAUAGUAUAAUAAUUUCAUUAUAAUGUAUUAGAAGGCGAA